AUUUUUGGCACUUCCAUAUAGCUUAAUUGACAAGUGAGCCCAAGAUGGAUCCAACAAGCUAAACGUAUGGUGUAUUAAUGUAUCACAUUUGCACCUCUUCCUGAGUCACUAUGCAUAGUGGUCCUUCAACCAGAAAUACACUUUAAAAACACCAACUUCACCAAACUUACUACUUACUACCUCAUAGGCUACAAUUAAUCAAAUGCAUUCAAUUCAUCUCACAUGAAUUUCGCAUUUUACAAGAGUUUACUUAAUCAAAUUAUCCGUCAACAUUCUAAUGAUGAGACACGUGUAAGAAGCCUGUAAUGUAAGAGCGAUGAAGAUAUCUCAUAAUAGGACAUAAUGAGUCCUGACGCCACCUCCAUUAUUUCGCCUGUCCUCAAGGAGGGAACGACGCAUGUAUUUGAGCAAGGGGUGAGAUGCGAACCGUGUCGAGGAGAUUGGUGGGUGUGUGUGCCUGUGUGAUCGCUGUGGCGACUGUACAUUGUAGCAGAGACCUCACUGCCGCGUGUGGCAGCGAUAUUGAUAAGGAACACUGGAUUGCCACUCUACAAAGGGCUGUCCAACAGAGGGCAGUGUGAGAUUUGACCAAUCCCACACUCCUCCGGUCCCCUCAGGUCCUCGCUGUGUGUCUGCAGUCAGAAUCACCCCUCUGACAAGCAUGAAAGGCUCUCCUGAUCUGAUUCCGUCUGCAGAGCUGGACCCUACAAGGGUGUGUAAAGGGAAGGGGGUCGUGACUCUGAGGGCCACUCUGGUCCACAUAGACGACGAGGACUGCGUCAGUGAAGAAUCAAAUGUUGACACAGCGCCAAGUGGUUGGAUCGGCCAGAUCAAUGGAGACAGCGCUCAAACGGGAUUUGCUGAUGGAGGCUUCCACGACAUCACAGCUGAUUUACCUACAGUCAACAGAACUCAAGCCCAGGGAAGUUCACCCGUAAACACAGAAGAACCCCAGCUUCCUGCCUCUUUUGACAUUCAGAACUAUAUUUCGUCGACAAAGGCCACCUCUGCCUACCCAUCCGCCGCUGGCACUGUCAACCCAACCGUAGUUCUGCUACAACACAACAGAGACCCCACCCCAGAGAGGGACAAAUCGCCUGAUCCAGGACCUGUAGUUGGAACAGAGCGAGAACUGAGCCAACACCCAAAUAUGGACGGCAAGAGGAUGAGGUACUCUCAAUCCCAUAUCUUGGGACCACUGAACCAGCCCAUCGUGCCAGUACGGAACACAGAUAAGUCAAAGGACUGGUACAAGAACAUGUUUAAACAGAUACACAGAAUUCCAGAACCUGUUGAGGAAAACCCAUAUCGCCCCACCUACAUAUUCCCUGAAUCCUAUGAUCCUAGGCAGAUGAAAACAACAGAUGAUGGUCACUCCUCCUAUGGUUAUGUGGAAGAAGUGAAAGCGGUCCCACGUUCAAAAAGUGCCGCUGAAGUUGACCAUAGGUCGUCUAUGCCUGUGCCAACACGGUCCUCUUCCCUCAAACCUGCCAAAAGGAACGACUGGGAGCCCCCUGACAAAAAGGUAGACACCAGGAAGUACCGUGCCGAGCCCAAGAGCAUCUUCGAGUACGAGCCGGGAAAAUCAUCGGUGAUGAAACUGGAGAGAAAGACUCAGCACACUAGUCCAGAAGAUGUAGAUUUAGAGAAUGAGCCUUGGUAUAGAUUCUUUUCAGAGAUGGACUUUGAUAAAGCGAGUGCCCCCUCUUUCAGCCCUCUGGAAACACCCUCCGACCUACAGAAGUACUCCGGGUGUAAGGCCGGACACAGCGAGGUGGAGAAGGACGAAGGCUCGUCUGGCAGCGAGCCAGCGGCUCCAGAAUGCGACCGCUAUGUUUACAAGAGCAUCCUGGAGGGCGGUGAUAUUCCCCUGCAGGGUCUGCGGGCCCUCAACAAGCGCCAUGCCAGCACCUCCUCUAAAGUGGAUUAUCAAGGUGGGAAUGGCUAUAUCAUUUCCCCCUGCUCUUCUGUAAAUAGUCGAUCAGUUCUUGCCAGUAAUGCCCUAGGUUACCAGUGUAAGAAUAAGAAGCCCUUAUCUGCCGCCAAAGGCUGCAUACCCCAAAUCCUCCCCUCUAAGUUCAAACCUAAGCUGAUGGCCCCUGGUGGUGACAGCCAGGACAGGAGGACUGUGCCUGCCAAGCACCCAAAGGCACACAGCUGUGAGGAUAUAUACACAGGGAGCACAGGAGCAGAGGCCCGGGAGAGCGGACUACACUCAAACACAGACUCAGACUCCAAUGAUCUCCCUCUUGACUCUGAGACUGGUUUUCAAAAUGGCAACCCUGAGACUAGAAGGAGCACAGCCGAGUUCUCCACCCUAUACCGGAACAUGCACAGCAUCCAGAGGCCUUCCUACUCGGUGGGCUCCAGCCCCCACGGGAGUGUCCGUAGCCUGACCUCCCUGUUUGAAAAGGUGGGGAUCAAUGAAACUGAUGGGGAGGGGGACGAGGCAGGGGGGAACAUUCCCCGGCGGGACGCUGUGUCGUCAAGGGUGUCGGCGUUUGAACUGAUCAUCCAGCGCUCCAGCUCGACUCCCACACGCUCCUCCUCCAUGCCAACGCUACCCACUGGCCCCACCCACAACCACGGCGCCACCAACCUCUUCAUGGUGUCUGCCGUCUCAGCUGAGUUGCUGCUGGUCACUGACCCUGGGCAGACAGAGGGCUGCCCUCUGGAGGACACGGUGGGCAAGGCAGCCCAAGACGAGGCCUCUCUAUCAGGCAGCAAGAUAGUGGAGGCGGUGGCAUCCUCGGAGUACAGUGACACCCUGCGAGCCGAGUCUCUCUCUGGGACUGAGGUAGAGAUAGAGCAGCACGGCUCCACAGAGAAAGUACCAAAAGAGAAACCCCCAGUGGUCACUUUCUCUAGAACCUCAAACAGUCCCCCAGUACCAGUCACUCCAUCUGCUCCCCCACACAACUACCACCUCCACAACCACCACCACCACCACCACCUUAAACCCAGCAGCAAGUGCAAAGGCUCCUGCCCAGCCUCUUAUACCCGGUUCACCACCAUCCGGCGGCAUGAGAGGCAGCAGCAGGCCUCAGCCCAGCAGGACAAACUCUCCACUCAGGAGAAAAUAAAGAACUCCUCCUCUCUCCCCGCGAACCUCUUGCUCAUGGGCCCUGCACCAUUCAUGGUGAAGAGGUCUCUCCAGUCUCACCGGGCCAAAAAUUAUUUCUCAGCCACUAAGGUGAUGGCAGGUCAAAGGUCACAGGCCCAUUCUAGAGAGCCCAGGCCCCUCAUCCCACAGCGUUUCUCUUCCUUGGAGGUGCUGGAGAGGCUUGGCACUGGGGAGGGUGCGCCGACCGGCAGUGACAACAACCUGACUAAUGGGGGAGGCAUGGACGCCAAUGGGAAUCUUCUGCAGCCGCUGGCAGCUCAUCGCAGAGAUUCAGACUCGUCCCAGGCUUUGACCCAAGGAGACCUUUGUGACGGCCAGGACGAGGUGGUUAGGAGACGCCAUGGAGACAAAGAGAAAAUCCUGGAAGAGCAGCGGCGGCUGAAGAGGGAGCAGGAGGAGGCUGACACAGCAUCGAGGCGACACACAGGAAUCGUUCCCACCCACCACCAGUUCAUCACUAAUGAACGCUUCGGAGACCUGCUCAACAUCAACAUCAACGACACAGACAAGAGGAAAUCCGGAUCAGAGAGAACUCCAGCCCUGGCUCGGUUUGACUUCAGAGCAGAGACUCUAAAGGAGUUACCAUUUCAAAAGGGAGACAUUGUGUACAUCAUUCGACAGGUGGAUAAUAAUUGGUUCGAAGGGGAGCAUCACGGCAGAGUCGGCAUCUUCCCACGGAGUUAUGUUGAGCUCCUUCCCCCCGCGGAGAAGGCCCAGCCAAAGAAGAGUGCCCCAGUGCAGGUGCUGGAGUAUGGAGAGGCCAUAGCCCGUUUCAACUUCACAGGGGACACGGUGGUGGAGAUGUCAUUUAGAAAGGGAGAGAGGAUCAUCCUAAUUCGCAGGGUCGAUGAGAACUGGUACGAGGGCAAGGUCUCCGGUUCCAAUCGCCAGGGUAUCUUCCCUGUCACCUACAUAGAGGUGCACAAACGACCCAGAGUCAGGAAUGGAUUGGAUUAUCCAGACCCGCCCAUUGGCCAAUCACCUCACCGCAGCCUCAAUGCUUCCCCUCAGCUGGUGAAGAAUGAGAGCGACUACCAUGGUAGAACCUCCAGGAGCCCUGUCAUGUUGUUUGACAUCCACGACAACAACAUGAAUGCUAACUCAUUUGCGCAACCCCAGUCCCACAGCCCGGAGCCGAGUCGUCUCAGCUGUGGAAUUUUCCAGGCUUUGUACUGUUACGUGCCACAGAAUGAGGAUGAGCUGGAGCUGCAGGAGGGAGAUCUUGUCAGCGUAAUGGAGAAGUGUGACGAUGGCUGGUUUGUUGGUACCUCAAAGAGGACCAAACAGUUUGGCACGUUUCCAGGAAACUACGUGAAAGAAGUCAACUUGUAACCUGUCAACAGACAUUUAUAGUGUGAGGAGAACCCAGCUCUAACGUGGUUACCAUUCAAGUAUUUGGGAAGGCAUUACUAUUGGGCUUGAUUGUUUCAAUUAGGAUAGUCAUUCAGCCAGGUGAAUAUGUUUGUCUGGUGUAAGUGAUCAGUUUGGUGUGAGGUAUGUUAAUGUACAUGAGGCGAAGACAGGAGGAAGCUUUGCUGUUGACUCACUGCCCAAACGUCAGUGUGGUGUAUACGUACUCCAACCAUAUCCUAAACAGUACAUGGGCUGAAUUUAUAAUAUCCAAUUCUGACAAUAGAACUUUUAGUUUUAAAAAAUCCUCCCAAAAUGUCAGCACAUACAGACUACGUUAUAAAAGGAGUUUACAAAACAUUAUGAACACCAGAUUUUUCCAUGACAUAGACUGACCAGGUGAAUUCAGGUGAAAGCCAUGAUCCCUUAUUGAUGUCACUUGUUAAAUCCACUUCACAUCAGUGUAGAUGAAGGGGAGGAGACAGGUUAAAGAAGCAUUUUUAAUCCUUGAGACAAUUGAGACAUGGAUUGUGUAUGUGUGCCAUUCAGAGGGUGAAUGGGCAAGACAAAAGAUUUAAGUGCCUUUGAACAGGGUAUGGUAGUAGGUGCCAGGCGCAGCGGUUUGUGUCAAGAACUGCAACGCUGCUGGGAUUCUUAAUGCUCAAUCUGUUUCCCGUGUGUUUCACGAAUGGUCUACCACCCAAAGGACAUCCAGCCAACUUAACACAACUGUGGGAGGCAUUGGAGUCAAUAUGGGCCAGCAUCCCUGUGGAACACUUUCAACAUGUCCCAACUCAAUAUUAGGAAGGUGUUCUUACUGUUUUGUACACUCAGUCAGUAUUCUUGUACAGUAUAUAUAGUAGCUGCGGUGUGUCAUUGUGAUUGUUAACUACUAUACAAAGUAUUUUUGAAGCGCAUGAAUGUCUAUCUACAGUAUAUGGGGGGUCAGCAGCAGAGCAGUUCAUGGAUCAAGAGAGUGGAUCUUAUAACUACCAUGAUGGUAUACGAGGGCUCAAAUGUGUUGUUGAUGAGCUAGAGAAAUAGGAGCUGUUAUUCAUCAGCUAUCUUUCAGGACCUUUUUUGGCGAAAGCAUUUUUCAUUGACUUUAAAUGCGGAUACAUUCAUCUGAAGGUCAACAUGACAUGCUAAGUCGUCUAGAAGACUCAUGUUUUUCCUAGGAAAACCCAGUAACUAGUAUUGUUAGACAUACCAUGGAGGUAUCAGGCUGUAUGUGAUGGCACAUACUUGGACAGGGUCCAACAAACCAUAUUCCUUGGUUCGAAUUUUGAAAACCCAUUGACCUGACAGUGAACUUCUUUUUUUUUUAAUUAUAGAGUCGUGGAAUGGCUUGGUUUCAUUAGCUCAGAAUUCACUGAAAACUAUAAAGCCAUGUUUGUGACAAUGUAGUCAAUGUAGGCUUGUAGUCUUCAUAAAAUAGCUGGGCGUUCUUACCUCAGUGUAGUCCAAAAGCUUCCAAUGCCGUUUUAGUAUUGCCUCUGUUUUCUAACCAAGGUGUGUCCUAUAAUUCAAGCAUGUUCGUGUGCAUGAUAGAAAUCUGGAAAUGCUCAAACACGUUCGCUAAUAUUAGCUCAGCUUUCUGUCAGCUGAAGUGAUUAACACAAUCAGGAAGACUGGUUGUGCUAUGUACAUACCUGAUUAAGACAGAUCGUGCAUGUGUAUGAAGGUGUGUACGUGCAAGCAAGCUUUUAUGCCUAUGUGUCACACCUAUGUGUCACACAUCUCUUAUCAAAAAAUGAUUUUCUGUCAUCUUGUACAGCAUAUCUGUCCCGUAAAAUUAGAAGUAACAUUAGCUGUCUGAUCUUUGGUGAUUCCUGUGAGGUAGCUUGGUGGCAGCUAUACUGGCUCCAGUGAAACCACAGGACAGGCGUGGUGUGUCACUCUUUUUAAAGCACUUAACUUCCGCCCCGAGGUCAUUUUUGAGCUUUCUCCUCACACUAAUUGUUUACUAAUUCAUUUGAAGUUUAAAAAGGCCUUUCGUGAACUAACACUCGCACUUUACUUUUUUUCCCCCCUUACUAGCGCUGACUUUGCUGAUAGCUACUUUAUUGAGGAAAAAUGUACUUACUAUGACUGUGAUGUGUGGUUGACCCACCUAGCUAUCUUAAGAUGAAUGCACUAACUGUAAGUCGCUCUGGAUAAGAGUGUCUGCUAAAUGAUUAAAAUGUAAAUGUAACUCUUUGUUUGAGUAACGAUUGAUUUUAAUUUGUGAGCAUUUUAUUUUUUACAUUUGACAAAUUAUAUAUCCCAAUAUUGUUGGAUACAGGGGCCUUUUAUACACAGUAGACUAUGUGUAGCCUCAGUGUAGCAUCUGAGAGUGCUAAGCUAUUUAAGAGCAUUAAACUACAUCAAUGCCAUUAUUAUUUUGAGGCCAGCAGGUACAACCAGAAAAACAUUACUCAUUAUCUUUGAGCUGGAUUGCUCCCUCAGUGAAGAUUGCUUUGAAUUCAGAUAUCAACGCAUUGAAACAGUCUUCCUGUGAGGACAGAGGUCCUCAAUCUGAGAGCUACAUCAGAUCACUAUGCCGGUAACAGCCACCAUACGUCAGAAUAUAUCCUGAAAAUGUAGCAGAUUGAAAUAAGAAUGUAUUGUGUUGUGGCAGCUCUACUUUCUUCUCUCUUACUUUGUGCGUAUCAAAUUAUUCCUCCUUAUGCCUCACUGCUAUGCGUUCUUCGAAGGAAUCCUCAAUGUCAUGAGUGACAGUAGUCUGGGUUCACGAGGCCAAUAGAAUUGAAAUGUGUUUCUAAGACAAAAAGAAGUAUAUCUGUCAUAAGACUAUCAACAUCUAACUAGUAUUAUUACCUUUAUAGUGAUACUUCAUCUACUUAAUGAUGACUUAUGUUAAAUAUCGUUUAAAGCUAUUAAUGCCAUGUUCACAUUGUCAGUUUGAAGUGACUAAAAUCCUAUUUAUUUGCAUAUCCGAUUCAAAUCUUUUCUUUGUCCUGCAGUCUGAACAGCCAAAAACCACAUGGAAUCUUGAUAUUUCUAGCCACCUUUCGAAGGUAGUUUGAAGUCAGAUACAUAUCUUAUUCCUGACCAUGUAACUUGUGUCUUAAUGGUCGAAUCUGAUUUAUUUGCCCCCAAGUGGUUUUUAGACUGUUAUUUGGCAUAUCUUGUUGCUUGCUAGCUACUUUGUUGACCGUUUGACAAGAACAUGUGGUAACGAACUAGUUGACUUGUUAAUUGUUUACAAACAAAUGAGUGAAUGUUCUAGAAAGCUUAAACAGCUACCUAGCUAGGUAGUUGGCUGCUGUGGCGAGCCCCCAAAAAAAUCAUUUGUUUUGAAAGUUGCAUCAUCUUAUCCUUUGAGGCUUUAAACGUGUUCUUACACUGUAACUUUUAAGCAUUCAAAGUACCUGGGAAACGUCCAUGUCAGGAAUUGUUAUCAACUUAGCUUGCUACAUAGCUUCUGAGUGAUAGGAAGCACGAGCACCACCACCAAUCAGCCUACACCACUGAGGACACACCAUCAUUACUAUGACAACUAGCGUAGCCAUGUCAGCAAAUGACUGCCAUCUGAACACACACACACACACACAUCCGAUCCGAACUGAUUUGAGCAUUGAGGCUUUAGUGGCUGCCACCUAUCAUGUUUACCUUGUGAGAUAUUUAAGUACAGUUCUGCCUGUUUACUCAUCUGUCAGUUGUACUUGAAAAGGAAUAGAAGCUUCACUCUGUCAAGCUGUUACAGUGUUUGUCAUUGACAUGAGACAAUUACAACACCCGAACAUUAAACAUCAUUGUUCUUCCCUAGCUUGUUAACUGCCAAUUGCCAACAUUGAUGAGAAUAUAGUCUUGUGUGACAGUUGUUUUAACGAAACCAGUUACAUUGUUACAUUACAGAUUAAGGUCCAGGGACAAUCGAGUACGGAGAGGUCUGUUCCAUGUCACACUGACUGUACAAUAGACUUUGGCAACAAGCAAUCACUCUUCUUGUGGUAUCAUAUCAUAGCCUCACAAGUCUGUGUAAAAUGUUGAUGGGAUAAUGUGCUCCGCGAAACAUCGCAGGAUGUAUGAAUGUAUGAUUGUGGAGUACUGUAUAACACUAACAAGGAUCAAUGCUGUCAGCUUGAAUGAACAUGUAUAACAUUAAACAGCCUGGCACAAUAAGAAUUGUAAAUAUGUAUAAUAAAGAAGUAUGGAAUGCAAGCGAUGGGAAAAGUCACAUGAAGCUCUCUGUUGUUCCCAAGGGAUUUUGGGGGGGGGGGGGCAAAGCACAGAGUGAAGAGUUAUUGAGCACAGACCAUUUUGAUGCAUAUGAUGCAACGUUGCGCUGCCAUUUUAUGAGGAUCGUAAGGCCCUUAUGUCAGAUGCAAAUUGUGCCUCAUUUUCAUGAGCUUUUAUUGAUUAUCACAGAAAUGUAUCCAUAUGUCAUAUUUAAGGAUAUUACUAUUGUUUUCCCCGUUGUUUUUUUUUGUAUUUGUGAUGGGAGAAGACAUGUACUAAAGAACAUGAUAGCUACUGGAUUAAGUGUGACACAACGCUUCAAAUAAAUGAUUAAUCAUCAUAACUAUGUGUUCAUUAGUUUUCCCGAGACGCUCAACCUGCAACAGGUUUUGUUUGUUUGCUUAUUUUUUUUGCGGUGCUGUUACCAUGUCAAUAUUAAAAUGAAGACAACACUAUUUGCUGCUGUGAUAUUAUUAUUGAUAUUUCGGUAUUAUGCAAUAUUUAAUAAACUAUAUAAAGCAUC